AUGACAAUCCAAACCUCGAAUCUACCGAUAUCGGCUGUCAUAUCGGCAUUAUAUCCAUGUCAAACUAAUUCUGCUUUAAUGUCAUCUUACCCACACUACACAAAUAUAUUAAAACUUAAAGGUAUUCAGUGGCCAAUGACCUUCAAACAGAUUCCGAAUUUUGAAAAGCAGAAUAAUAUAUCCAUCAAUGUAUACAUUUUGAAAAAGGAGAAAAAGAACUAUACUACUCUCCAAACCUUCCUAACAAAAAACAAGAAGGAUAAACAUGUGAAUCUGCUUUUGUUACAAGAUAAAUAUAACGAGCAAGGUCCCAUUAGAUAUCAUUACGUUUGGAUAAAAAAUCUAUCUCGCCUCCUUUCCAAGCAGCUUAGCAAAGAUGGAACAAAAUAUUUCUGUGAUGGCUGCCUCCAUUACUUCCGAUCACAAGAAAAGUUAAAUAUUCAUAAGGCUUGCUGUAAAGGGCGAUUGGAUAUUAUCUGUGAUCGAUGUUUACAACCAUUUUCAUCAUCUACACAGCUAGAAGCUCACAUCAACGAUUGUGAAAGAAUAAAUGAAACAGCCAUUAAAAUGCCUGAAGAAAGCCAUAAAAUGUUAAAAUUUAAGAAUUUCAGGAAUAAACUAAAAGCCCCCUUCGCCGUAUACGCAGAUCUCGAAAGCGUUCUGGAACAUAGUGCGGAAAAGAGUACCUAUCAAAAACAUAUACCUGCUGCGAUUGGGUAUUACUUUAAAUGUUCCUAUGAUGAUUCUCUGUCAUUUUACAAAUCAUAUCGUGGAAAAGAUUGCAUGAAAUGGUUCGCAGAUGAAUUAAAUCAGCUUGCUGAGGAUGUUUCUACGGUGUUUAUGUGUCCAUUUGAUAUUAAUAUGACAUUUCAGCAAGAGAGUGAUUUUCAAGCAGCCACUCAUUGUCAUAUUUCCGAGCAGCGCUUCUCCCCCAGUGAUAAGAAAAUGCGAGAUCAUAAUCACCUGAUCCCAGAAAAUAAUUAUAGAUUUGCAGCUCAUGAAGGGUGUAACAUUAAUUACAAAGAUGCUCACACUAUCCCUGUGAUAUUUCAUAACCUCAGCGGAUAUGAUGCCCACUUCAUUGUUACUGAUAUUGCUACUCACAUCAAAGGUCCCGUAGAUCUUCUUCCUAUUACUAAGGAAAAAUAUAUAUCUUUCACUAAACACAUUAAUGAUGCUCGAAUUAAAUUUCGUUUCAUCGAUAGUUUUCGAUUUAUGGCGUCUUCUCUCGAUAAACUCUCUUCUUAUUUGACCGAAUAUCCUAAUCUCCGCUAUCAAUAUGCUUUCCUUCCCGAGGAGCAGUUCAUUCUUCUUACUGUGAAAGGUAUCAUGCCUUAUGAUUAUAUUGAUUCUUUUGAUCGGUUUAUUGAAACAUGUCUGCCGCCUAUCGAGUCUUUUUAUAAUAAACUUGAGGAUAAACCUUGUCCUCGUCGCCAUUAUCAUCGCGCCCUCCAAGUCUGGUCCUCAUUAUCUUGUUCUUCUCUCGGAGAUUACGUCGAUCUCUACAUGAAAACAGAUAUUCUUCUUCUUGCCGACGUUUUUGAACGGUUCCGCUCCAGUUGUCUCGAAAGAUAUAAUCUUGACCCCGCUCAUUACUUUACUCUACCUGGAUUCACGUGGGAUGCAAUGCUUAAGAAUACAAAACAGGAACUUGAAAUUUUAACUGAUCCAGAUAUGCAUUUGUUUGUGGAGCGUGGCAUUCGUGGUGGUUUGAGUCAAGUUUGCUCGAAACGUCGUGUUCAUGCUAAUAACAAGUACAUGGUAUCUUACGACCCAUCUACGCCCAACUCCUAUCUGAUGAAUUUCGAUAUCAAUAAUCAAUAUGGGUGGGCAAUGUCGCAAUAUCUUCCAUAUGGAUGUUUCGAGUGGUCUGAUACUAACAUCGACGUUCUUAGUAUUCCGGACGAUUCUUCUGAAGGGUGUAUUCUCGAGGUCGAUCUGGGGUACCCUCAACAUCUCCAUGAUCGUCAUAAAGACAUCCCAUUCUGUCCCCAAUCCUGGAACCCGAAAACUAUGAAACCUCCUAAAGCGAGAGCUGACCAAAUUAAUGGCUACCUUUCAUGA